AAACGACAGUGUGCAGUCCAUCUUCCAAGAAAUAUUUUGAGAUACUGAUCUCAUGACGGUAUUUACAAAGAUGUAGACACUCAAUAAUGUGUUCUGGCAAUAUUUCCAAACCACGACGACCUCUUCCACAAAGCUUGAAGUCUCAAGACAUCAAGAGUCACGUAAUUACUUGCCUACUUCAGAUUUUUCUUAAUGUUUUCGAGAUUCGCUCAAAAUGCGUCCUGUAACUUUGUUGUUGUUGCUGAAGCUGAAGAAUUGGCCACAUCAAGGUGUUUCAAUGCGGAUCCCGAAUAUCUUGGCACAUCGCUCAGGCUUUGACCCUUGUUUGACCGUGCGUCGGAUGAUGGUCAUGGUCAAAGUGCACGUUCUUCCCAGAUUGUAUAAAAGGUCCUUGCGCACCUUAGAUCAACACACACUUCCCUCCCGAUCUUUCUACUACGAAGCUUCACACACAAGUCUACAAUCACCUCAAUCGCUGACCCAUUUGAGUACCGUGGCCAUGUCGGAUCCCUCCAAGCAGGUGGUACUGUGUACGAGUGGCACCUCCAGCCAGGCUCCUUCAUCCUUGUCCCUCAAUACCGAUAUUCUCUUGUUGAUUGCAGACAUACUCACCUCCGAAAGGGAUCGACACACACUUCUCUCGCUGGUGCAAACAUGCCGGUCGAUGUACGACUUAUGUAGCCAUCUGCUCCUAGGCAGGCUCAUCCGUAUCGCUCUGGGUAUAGAUGAUGAUAUAUUACAAUCAUUCUGCGAGUUCUUGUUGGCGAAUUCUCGCGCGCGACUUCGGCAUCUUGAAAGCUUGAUUCUUAGCAUCGCUAGCCUGCAUGAGGAGGCGUCUCACUCGGAACUCUCUGUCAAGUUACUUACGGAGGUGCUUGAGAAUGCUACCAGCCUUGGAUGCUUGAAGUUACCCCUCGGGUUUCAGCAAGCCGACAUUCCUUCUUUAUUUCCCUUGAUCAAUAAACUGCCCGCUCUCCAAUGCCUUCACUUCAAAGAGUAUGCCACCCCCAUGACUAAAAACCUGCUAGAGAACCUGCAAAUGCCUCUCGUCCAGCUGACAAUUCAAGUGCGCGGUUUAUUUGAGGAGGAGACCGUCCUGAAUCCCAUUGCGCUGUUCAAAAAUGUCGCUCUUACCCUUCGCCAUCUCGAUCUCAUGUCUUAUGAUGGCGUCGAGCUCUCCUGGCCGGGACCUGAAGAAGUCGUUGUCUAUCCUGAUAUGCAGUGCUUGCAAAUUCACGCUCAAGCGACUUCCAUCUCCAUGGACACUUUGACAACUGCGUACCCCAACUUAUGCCAGUUUCGCAUUGGAAACGUCCGUGUACCAGACGGUGAGGAGCCCGAGGCGUUCUUUGAACAACUCCAUUCCACAAGCGAAAGGGCUCUGCAAUCCAAGAAAUGGACGCAGAUGGAAUACUUAUCGGCGCCUGGUAGUGUCCUUCACGGUUUGGCUAUAAUGCAACAAAUGCCGUCUCUCUGUAUUCAAAUACUGCAUACCCACGAUGCAGACGAGGAUAAGCUCACAGCGAUGUGCAGUGUCGUUCGGCCUUCGGAGUUGCAUCUAUAUCUUACGCUUGAUAUAUGUCCGUUAUCGACGGUAUCCGCUAUCCUCCGUGCAUCCGGAGCUACUAUGGUCAGGAUAUUUGUUCAUAUAGAUCACAAUGAAGACGGAGACGGAGACCAAGCUGCAGCUCUAGCCGCAACAGAGAAAAAAGUGACAGACUUUUUUGAGCAUUUCCCCAUUUGUCUCAAAGAUACAUCCAUGAUUGUCUUGUCGCUUCGGUUCACUUAUGAGCCUCUCCUCAGAGUAACCCGAGCACAAAUGGGAACAUCGUCAGAUGUUCCGCCUCAAGACAGAGUUUCUACCUGGCUACGAGAAUAUUCCACUCGCCCUUUGAUUAGGGAGCUGGCUGACAAUGUCAAUACCCUCCAGCAUAUCUUUGUCGAGAUCACGCAGACGCCUCGUUCCGUGACGUACGGACAGCAGGUGGUAACGGACGAAGGGAAAGUGCUGCAAGAUGUUCCUGGAAAUCUUGUUCACAUUUUGACUGAGGAAAUCAAAUUCUUCAGUAGGAUGUGCUGUCUCUGCUGCCAAUGCAACCACUCUCUAUACAACUGAACUUAUCUCACAGUAGAUCGCUCUUUCGCCCGACUCAUUGCCUGCUAGUUUUGUUUUGUUUUUGUUUUGUCUCUGUACUUCAAUAGUUCCAUGGCGGGCGUUGUAUGCCUUUCACUAUGACUUCGGCAUUAUCGUGUGAGUUUGCUAAGAAACGUGCCAAGCGCAC